AUGACGUUUGAUGCUGUAGACUGGUGGGAAGCGUUGAGCAUCGAGAACCGUACCGAGAAUGACACCGAACUCAGCAAAACCGAGAUAAAGAAGGCUCGUAAACAAAUGCACAGCCUUCUCAUCUCUGCUGUAUGUGAAGAAAUACAACCAACAGUCGUCUCCGCCGAAAAUGCAUUCCAUGCAUGGAAGGCGCUCAAAGACCUCUACGAUCAUGUCUCACCCAACACCACGAUCAUCAUCCUCAGCCACGUCCUAGACACGAAGAUGCAAGAAAGCGGAUCACUGAACGAGCAUCUCGCGACCUUCGAUGCGAACUGGAAUACUCUCAAGUCCAGAUGCCAAAGCGCAGACCACAAACUCGCUGAGGCUCUCCUACCCCUCACCAAAUCCAACGAAGCCAUGGCGGCAUUCCUCCUAAGCUCGCUACCCAAAUCGCUGAGCAACGUGGUCGACAACAUCCAGACCAAACAGGAUAUUACCUAUGGAGACGUACGCCAACGACUACAAAACCUGGAUGAGGUAGCCCCUCAAACAGGGAACAAAGUGCUCCAUACCAGGAGUACUACAAGCGACAAGGAAUGCACCUGGUGCAAGAAAAGGGGCCAGCCUUACAAAGGCCACGAGUACACGGAGUGCAGAAAGCUCAAAGAACAGAACAAGAACAGUAAGGGAAGGAGAAAGGACAACUCGGCAUCGGUUGUAGUAAAUGACUCUACAACCACUAUCUGUAUGGUACGCCACGACAUCUAUCAACCCCUUACUUGGAUCCUUGAUUCUAGAGCGACCUCUCACAUCACACCCUUCCAAGUCCAACUCAUCAACAUCCGACCUCACACCGGCAACGUCCGAACAGCUGAUGGAACCAACCACGCUGUCACCAGAAUGGGAAGCGCUAGUUUCAGCUACCACCUUCCCGAUGGAAGUAGAUCUUCCAUUCUCCUCACCGAUGUGCUGUUGGUCCCAACCUUGGGAAAUGUGGGAUUAGUCUCCGAAACCGUGCUCGACAAAAAGGGAUUUAGAACGGAGUCAGGAGGAGGAAGCAAGUUGGUUACAAAAGAAAAGAAAGGAAUAAUCUGGGCAAAAUUGGAGAAGGGACUUUGGAAUGUACAAGUAGUUAGCAAUACAGUUCGUUUGACCACUUACGAUGAAUGGCAUCAAGCGUUAGGCCACCCUGCAACACUACAAAACUUGUAUCACGACAUUCAAAGGCUGCCUCCCAAACCAGAAAACCUAUCUGGAAAGUUCAGUAUACAGUCACAAGGAAAAGCUCAGUACUAUAUGUCCUUCAUUGAUGAUUACACCCGCUUCGCUUGGAUAUAUCUCCUAAAACAGAAAGAAGACGCAAAGAAGGCCAUCAACGACUACGGUACCCGGAUCGAGAAACAGUAUAGCACAACAAUACUGAGAUUCAGAACGGAUGGCAGAGGUGAAUACAUCAACAAGGACAUAACGAACUACUUCGACACACAAGGAAUAGUUCAUGAACAGACUCCCCCAUACACUCCUGAAUCUAAUGGAGUUGCAGAACGAUUCAACAGGACGGUAACCACAAUGGUCAGGUGCAUGAUCAUGGACCAUCCUAAUUCGUUGUGGGGAGAAGCAUACGCAACAGCUGUCUACUUCAAAAACAGACUACCUCACAGUACGCUUAAGGGAAAGACCCCCUUUGAAGCCCUAAAAGGAACCAAGCCAAGUAUACAACACCUUCAACUAUUCAGUAAAAAAUGCUACGUACACAUCCCAGAAAACUCUAUGCCAGCAGGAAGCAAACUAGCACCCCGAGCGUAUGAAGGAAUCAUAGUUGGAUACUCAGACAGUAAUAAGAAAUACCGUAUCUGGAUAGGAACACAACAUAGAGUAAUUGAAAGUCGGAACGUCACAUUCCCCCCUCCUGAAUCAGGGGAAGUUUCAGUGGAACUCGACUUCAUCUCCAGCCUGAAACCAGACGCGGCAAGUGCACCAUCAGACGAUGGAUCCGAAUCAGAAGACAGGUAUGAUCCAGAACCCGAAUCGUCAGCAAUCGAAGAAAACCUGAAGGAAGACGUAAGUAGACUGGGAGCCGGGUUGACGGGGCUCACUCCCGGACCUCACUUUACAGGAUCUGAUAAACAAGACACUAAUCAAAAACUACCAGGAGAUUUCCCGGCAUCACCGGAACGAAAGAAAGUCCAACUACCAAAGACGCCAAACAAGGGAAAACAACCUGAGUCAUCAGAUCCACCACCAGCUCCAAGACGAUCAAGUCGUGUCCGCAAGAAAAUGGAUUAUGAGCUUGAUAAGGAAAUAAGAAGGAAGGAAUACAACAACAAGGUAAUACAACAACAGGAGCAACUAAAAGGGUACAUUGAAUCAGUUAGAGAGGACGGUCCACGGGAUGAAGGCGAACAACAAGCUAUGAUUAAAGAAUUCAAAGGCGACCUCAUAAAGGCCAGAAAGGAUCUGGACCUAGAGCACCAAGAUGUAUCCAAUGAACCCGCGAUCUAUCGUAUACACCUUGUAACCGAACCUUCAACCUAUAAUCCAGCCAUGAACAGCGACGAUCAACACCUAUGGAAAAAGGCGAUACAGACUGAAAAAGACGCCCUUGACAAAGCCCAUACCUGGGAUAUUGUCAACCGACCAACCAACCGAGCAGUAGUCAAAGGGAAGUGG